AAGCACCACGGUGUAAAACAUUGUAGACAUGAAGACAGUACACAUUAUUUUAUUCGUUUGCUUCGUUGCGGCCGCAAGAGCCCAAAUUCCCAAUUUGGGCUUCUGUCCAGACUACCUCCCAAUGCCAGAUUUCGACAUAGAGAGGUUUCUAGGAAAAUGGUACGAAGCCGAACGAUAUUUCCAAUUUUCCGAAGUCGCCACCCGAUGUGUCGUCACAGAUUAUGCAAAAGCACCCAGUGGACGAAUCUACGUCUCCAACGAAGUCACCAACAGAUUAACGGGCGUAAAGCGCGUCAUUGACGGAAGCCUAGAACUCAGCGGUAAAGCAGGGGAGGGAAAACUAAACGUCAAGUACUCAACAACCCCCAUCGCGAGCGAAACCGCCCUCACAGUUCUAGACACAGAUUACGACUCUUACGCCGUUAUUUGGAGCUGUAGCGGCUUUGGCCCUAUUCAUGCCCAAAGCGCUUGGGUCAUGACUCGGGAGCGGCUCCCUUCAGGCGUUGUCCUGCAACAAGCCUACGGAGUCCUAGACAAAUUCAAAAUCAGCAGAACUUUCUUCGUUAAAACCGACCAAGAAGGUUGCGCUAUCGCAGCGUCUGACAUUAAUGCCGCUAAUGGCAUUACCGCAACCUCCACAAUCGCCGAAGCCACAGGUUCCGAACAGAAAAACGCAAAUAAGCCCGAAGAAGAAAAUCAGCCAGUGGAGGUCCAAAACUAAACUUAAAACCAAUAUUUAUGUUAAUAUUUAUGAUAAUUUUUAUAUUUUAAAUAAAUUAAUCAAACCCUA